AUGCCGACCAAACUCAGGUUCAAGGGCGACAAGCCCAAGAAGAAGCGAAAACAUGUAGAAGAUGGUGAUGAAGCCGAACCAUCUCGGCGGAGGCGGCGCGAAGACGAGGAAGAGAAUGACGAGACUUGGGUCCGACCUGAGAAGCCCGAGGAGAUUCGUGGUCCAGUGUUCAUAAUGCACCCUUCAGAUCCCUCGCCUGUGUGCAUAUCAUUCGAUUCUACGAGGGGACGUGCGGUUAUUUCGUCGCUCGACAAGGACAAAGGGGCGAAAGAUGGUGAAGCCGAGGACGCAGGAGAUAACAAGGAGGAAGGUAGUUUACUAUCCCGCGAACCGACGGACGUCUCGCAAGUCUGGGUUGCGACGCGCGUCGCUGGUUCCGAUACCUUAACACUCCGUACAGGAACUGCCUCUUCCACAGGAUCUGGGGAGACGAAGUUCCUCUCAUGCGACGACCACGGAAUCGUCUCUGCUUUCCGCGAAGCUCGCGGACCACAGGAAUCUUGGACGCCUCUCGUCCUUCCAGACGGGAUGAUCGCCUUCCAAAACAUAUACGAAAAGUAUCUAGGUAUAGAUGAGGUUGCAGGUGGUGGCAGGUCAUUAAGAGGUGAUGCGGAGGAGAUUGGCUUCAACGAACGAUUCUGGGUGAAGGUACAGAGUCGGUAUAAACGUGAAGCGAGCGAGGAGGAGAGGAAGAAGAAAUUUAAGGAGGGUGAGGGGAAGAGUAAGAUUGACGAAGCUGGUACAAAUCGGACAUAUCAAGCAUGGGGAGCAGGUAGAUCAAUCGUUUCAAAAGAAGACAAGGCAGAGUUGAAGAAAGCUCGUAAAGAAGGAAAAUUAGCAGAGGCGUUGCUGGACCGACGAGCAAAACUCAAGAGCGAUCGAUUCUGCUAAGUAUAUCAUGUAUUGGUUUAUGUUCCCCUCAUACUGUAUACACAUGUACAUGUAUUAUAUCGAC